GUUGCAAGGACGAAUACUGCGUUUCAUCUGCGUGUGGCGAAUCGUUCGAGGAAAUUCAAGUGGAUUAGCUUUUAGGAAAUAAUGACUUCUUCUGGUGCGCUGACAGAAUUCAGAACUGGCCCUUUGUAUUUCUUUGACCAGCCAACAAAACGAAUUAAAGGAGCACGAAGGAACAUUUUGUAUUUAGCGCAGUUAGAAGAUUCAAUAAAAAGUUGUCGAGAGAAUGACAACAAAGAAGGUAAAAGCGAUGAGCCCACUCAGAGGCCGUCAGGUGAAACACUUGGGGAUGGUGAACCUGAUACCUCAUCUGCUGUCGGGGCUGCACGGAGCAUAAAGGGCCAGGAUCCGAUGGAUGCGUACAAGCGAGCUGCCCCUCUGUUAUUAAACGAAUUGGCUCGCCUACUUUCACAACAUAAGUGGAGCGCGGAGGGGUGUAUUCCUCACGGGAUUGUAAAUAUUCUGAAUGACUCCUGGCAGGAUCUGACUGCAGGGGCGGCGCACAUGAAAAGUCCGGAACAGGCUAAACGGGGAAAGUCCAAAGGGUCCCUGAAGUUGGAUCAAGCUCGAUCCCGUCAGGUGUCCGCCAAUGACAAGAGGGAGGCAGGAGAGAGAAACUCGUGGGAUGUGGAAAAUGUUGGUCCCUCUGUGAGAAAACCACAAGUUAGCUCGAAUCCACGCAUGAAAAAGCGCAAUCAAAAACCCAGCAGAGCUCACAGCUCCACAACCGCCAGUUUCUCCAUCUCAUCCAACGGCUGUGAAGAUCCAGGUUGGAUCACCCAGCCAAAGCAGCCCUCCUGUGAUGAGCCUCAGCGGAUCAGUUUGUGUCAGUGGGUGUUGGAGCGACUCCAGGCGACAAGAAAUCCUGAAAAACUGCUAACAACUGAACAGGACCUGAACAAGACCCUCAUUCUCCGUCACUAUGGUGAUGCAAAGGCAAAACUGAAGGACAGGGGAGCGAGGAGAAAGGUCCAACCUGCCACUCUAGUCAACGGGAUGCCCCGGAUACCAGAAGUGAAGCAGCAGGAUCCAGCAUGGCAGAAAUUACACUAUAGGAUCAACGACGGCUCCUCGUUCAUAUACUACCCGUCUGGUUGUAUGGCAGUAUGCCAGAGCCACUCAGGUCUGCCCUGUGGAGGCUUCUACACCACCGUGUUCAGUGAUAGCGAGUGUCCCGUUAUUCUGCUGACUAUCACAGCGUUUGGGCACGGGGCUGUUACACACCCUCUUAGCUCUGCCAUUACAGCAGUGUGGAACCAGGAUGGUGGAUACAUAUGUGACCAUCGUGGGAACAUAACUAAGGAGUGGAGAUGGCAGACAGACUGCACACUGAGGGAGAAUAUUAUUAUACAGUUGUCAGAUCUAAUCUGUGUGAGGCUGCUCAGUGGUACUUCUGCCAUGCUCAGCUUCAGGUGUAACAACGAAAGUGUUCAACUUCCUCUUUCUGCCCUGUCUAACAUUAACCAAUCAAAGGAAAUGCCUUGUUUGCUGACUGAAGGAAAGUUUGCCUCUGAUGCUGCUCAAGACCUCCUGCUGGCGAAGAAGACAAAAUCCCCUUCUGUGGUCCUAGAGAGCAAGAGGAACCUGACGCAAACACCUGUGUCUGUGUGCUCCCGAGAGGUCCUCCAGAUGGUCGGAGAGGUGGAGGGGCUGGAGGAGCCAUCAGCACAGUGGAGAAGAGGAGGGCAUGUUGGCAGGGAGUUGAAGAGGCUUCAGCAGAGAGUACAAAACACCCUGGAUGACUGGUUGGAUUAUUAUCGUGUGGCCAUUGGGAUCAAGUGUCCUGACAUGCAGCGGAUGCCAGAUGCCCCACUGAGGACCAGGCUGAGGAGAGAGGUACAGUCAGCUGCUCUGCCCUCUCUGAACCCACCUGAGCGGGCAGAUGCUAAACCAGUCCAGCCCGAGGAAGGCAGGAAUGAGUUACUGCACAGACAUCUGUCAACACCAGCAGAAAGAUCUCUGGACUCCUACGUCAAGCUGCCAAGGACACCAAAAAAGCGAACAAAGGAGGAGCCCCGUGUCACACAGAUAGGACCCCUUCAAAUUCACGGCAACAUCAAACUUGAGUCAGUGAUUUUUCCAAACAGUCCAGAUUUGCAGCCCUCUGCUGUCACCCGCUGUCCAGCCUCGCCGUCGUUCACUCCAUCCACCCCCCUCACAGUGUGCCCUGCCCUGCUGAGAGCUGCCCUGCUGGGGGAGGGGGGACACAGGCGGUGCUGCUGCAGUGCUACACUGAUGCCAGUGGUGAUGGACCUGGAGUUUGAUGCCUUUGUAAUGGGCCAGCCUCCACACAGUCAACAGAUCCUGGUGGUGUGUGUGACUCUGCCUCGCCAACCCGUCCACACACAGGCAGGGCCUGAACAGGAUGUGCUGGAGCAGCUUUACAGGAGGAGGAACAAACAUAGAACCAUGCCGUGUACUCAGUGCCAGAUGGAUUCAUUUCGCCUUGUGAGGUAUGAGGUGUCAACAGGAAAGUCCAGCUGUGGUGUGGAGAACAUCCUGCUGCAGCAGAGACACAACGCUGCUCCUGGGAUGGUCCUGAUGUACAUCAGAGGGCAGCUGCUGUUUGUGGGCUACGUAUUCAGUGGUCACAGCCGCUCAGUCAGGGACCUUCAAAAGCAAAUCUCCAGAACCAGGGGAGACUACAGAUUAGGUCUGAGCCUCCCUUCAGACUACAUGUUCAGUGAUACAGUGAAUACCCCUGCAGCUGCACACAACUUACAAGAUGCAACACUAAAAGGAGGAGAUGACAUAACACUGACUGCUUCAGUGGAAAAGGAAAAGGCCAAUGAGAGACAAAACAAUCAAGUUCCUGAGGUAUCACACCAACGGCAGAGAGAGUCUUGUAUCAAACCAAAAUAGACUGGACCAGUGACAGGAUUAUAUCUGUAUUGGUCCACUUGUAGUCAUUAAAAAAAAACCAAAGUCUCCAAACUGCAUCAACUGUGGGUUAAUACUUCACGCUAAUGUGCAAUCAAAUUGCAAAUGCCUCAUUUGCUUACUAUGCAAGUUGCACCACUGAUCAGUCUAAUCUGUAACUGAAAUGCAAAAUGUCUUUCAACUUUCGGCAGUAAGGAGUACAUUGGAAACUCCUAGAGGCAUCAGGGCUACAGAUCAAUCAUCAAACAUAAUCAGUGACUGCUGAUGUUUCAAUUCUCUCUGAAUAAUGGGCUUUAUAUAAACAUCCAUGGGAAAUAUCUGUAUUAACUGUAAUAUUUUCUUCAGCAAGUAUGAGCAGAUUUAAUAAAAACACCAAACUAUCCA